AUGGAUUAUCCGAUACCUACUGAUUUUCAAGGUCAUGAACCAAUUAGGCCAGAGAAAAUAAUCAAACGACAGAAGGAUAAUAAACAAUCAUUAAAAUACUAUAACCAUCAAAAAGAAGGAAUCCAACCAGAAAAGGCACAUUCUACCGACGCUGGAUUUGAUCUCCGAUAUCCCGGAAAGAAGCCCUUACUACUGGAACCCCACACCGUAACAAAAAUUGACCUCAAAAUUGCU